AUUUAUGGGGGUGCAAAAAAAACCACCAAGGACUCCAGCUCAGGGAGAAUGCAUAAAUGCCCAUCGCUAUCGGGGUUCUGCUCUUUUUGAGAGGCUGAAUCAAGUCCAAGGACACAGUUCGCAGCCUGAGUUGCUUCUCAGCUCCAAAAUACGGACUGAACUGUGGACGGUUACAGUGACGCUCUGACGGACAACUUUUAAGAGAUUCUGUGAAGGAGGUAGCGAGGGGACCUGCACUGCGCCUGCCCAGCAUGUGCACCGGGGGCUGCGCCAAGUGCCUGGGGGCCACCCUCAUUCCCCUCUCCGUGUUUGGCUUCUUGGCUAACAUCCUGCUAUUUUUCCCUGGAGGAAAAGUGAUAGACAACAACGACUACCUGUCUGAUGAGGUCUGGUUUUUCGGAGGAAUAUUAGGAAGCGGGGUCUUGAUGAUCUUCCCUGCGCUGGUGUUCUUGGGCUUGAAGAACAAUGACUGCUGUGGGUGCUGCGGCAACGAGAGCUGUGGGAAGCGAUUCGCGAUGUUCACUUCCACAAUAUUUGCUGUGAUUGGAUUUCUGGGUGCUGGCUACUCAUUUGUCAUCUCAGCCGUUUCAAUCAACAAAGGUCCUAAAUGUCUCAUGGACAAUGGCAUGUGGGGCUACCCCUUCCACUCCGGGGAUUACCUCAACGAUGAAGCCUUAUGGGUCAAGUGCCGGGAUCCUGUCAAUGUGGUUCCCUGGAAUCUGACCCUCUUCUCCAUCCUGCUGGUCAUAGGAGUGAUCCAGAUGCUUCUCUGUGCCAUCCAGGUGGUCAACGGCCUCCUGGGAACCCUGUGUGGAGACUGCCAGUGUUGUGGCUGCUGCGGAGGAGAUGGACCAGUUUAAACCUCUGUGAUGAGCUGCUCUAACUGGACAGCGACAGCGUAUAGGAAGAGACAUUGAGUUUAUUCUCCUCUUUUUGGGGUUGUCAGUUCCUGUCUGCUUCCUAACUCACAAAGCUGAGGGAGGGCAGUUAUUCCUCCUCCUUUCUGAACAGCUUAGCUCAAUCUAGAAUUUUAUGUUACUAACAAAUAAAAAAUAUAGUUUAGCCACUUAAGUUAGAUUGAUAAAUCUUUCAAAUUAGCUUCCUUUUAGAAUUGAAGAGCAUGUUCCAAGCAAAUUUUUCAUAAUUUCUUCCUUAAGAAUGAAAAAUGUGCAAAAUCAUAUGUACUGCCACACCGCUUGUUUGUAUAUAGAGAUGUUUAUAUCCUUGUAAGUCCUAUAUAAUUCAAAGGAGGAAAGCAUGUUUAGAAUGAGAAACUAAGACCAAUUUUUUUUCCAUGUUUAUGGGAAAAGAGAAUGACUGAUGUAUCCUAAAUAAUUUUUACUUAGUGUCUUUUUGGCUAACAUGUUUGAAUUACUUACAACUAGUCUUUUAAACCUGUUACCAUUUGCAAGUUUUCCUUUUGUAUACUAAAUUAAAAUAAUAAUUCAGAGGUAAUAUAAUAAAGUUUGUUUUGAUAGGGA